AUGCGCGCUUCCACUCUCAUCGCCGGAGCCGCCUUGGCUGCCAGUGCCUUUGCCAGCCCUAUCCUCAAGCGCGAUCUUGUGAUCGACACUGUCUAUGACACCGCCUACGAGACAGUCUACGUUACCGAGACCGACGACACUACAAUCCCCGUCACUGUCGCUGCCCCGGCCCCAACCUCGGACUCGGCUCCUGCUGAGCAGCCUGCCGUCACGACCGAGGCCGCCACGACUUCUCAGUACUAUGGUCACCGUCACUCAUGGUACCAGCCUGCUGCUCAGUCGUCGGCUGCCCCUGUCGUCACCGUGGUCACCACCGAGGCUCCCGCUGCCACCGUCGUUUCGUCGGCUACCUCAGCUCCCGUCGCUGCCUCGUCAUCCGCUGAUCCCAAGGCCGCUAUCCCCCCUGCCCAAGGAUGGACCAGUGCCUGGACCAGCUCCUGGACCGUGACCCCUUCUGCCGAACCUACCACUGCUGUUGCUACUUCUUCUGCUGCUCCUGCAGCCACCACUGAGGUGAGCUUACUUGAAUCGUUUCAUCAUCUUCUUUCUCGUGAUUCUUUACACCCUCGUGUGAACUUUGAAAGCCUUAUGGCCCAGAUGUUCCACCCUUCCUCCUCCUCCUCCCAAGUCAAGCGUGCCACUUCAACGAUCAAGACAACCACGACGGUCAAAGCACCUACUUCAACGAAGAAGACUACUGUCAGCUCGAAGAAGGCAACUUCGACGAGCAAGAAGUCUUCUUCUUCUACGAAGAAGGUGUCGACGAGCCAGAAAGGAACUCCUAUCUCGACGAAGAAGGUUUCCACGACCUCCUUGAAAACCUCGAGCACCAAAAAGGUCUCUUCCCUCUCCCCUUCUACUGUUGAAAGAGUUGCUACUAUCCCUGCCUCGCGCAAAGCUUGCAAGCGCGAGUCAUCUGUUGCAUCCCCAUCCAGUUCCCUCAAGUCUACAUCGACUACCAUCAAGUCUACUCCCUCCCUCCUCUCUUCCCCCAAGCCAGCAUCAUCCACAUUCAAAUCUUCCUCCACAUCAGUCAAAGUCACAUCUACUUCAUCUCGCCCUUCCUCUACCAUUCCUCCUACUUCCAAGACCACACUUUCCCAGUCCAAGAGUUUUUCCAAGUCGUCAUCAUCGUCUUUGAGAAAGUCUUCGACAUUUACAACGAUCAGCAGUGCUAAGACAACAAAACAGGCUAGCUCCACCAUUGCCGCUCCCUCUGGCAAGGCCACCACCUACCAGCAGAUCGUCAUUGACCACCACAACGUCCACCGUGCCAAUCACUCUGCUUGCAACCUCGUUUGGGACGCGCAGCUCGCCGCCACUGCCCAGCAGAUCGCUGCCACUUGCGUCUACGCCCACAGCAUGGAUGUCAACGGCGGCGGCUAUGGUCAGAACAUCGCCGCUGGUGUCGAGGCUAACAACGUCUCCGCUGUCAUUACUGAGCUCUUCUACAACGGCGAGGUUGGCUACUACAACAACCUCUACGGCCAGGCCAACCCCGACAUGACCAACUUCGAGAAGUGGGGUCACUUCUCUCAGCUUGUCUGGAAGGGUACUACCAAGGUCGGCUGUGCCACUCAGUACUGCUCUGGCGGUCUCGCAAACGUUGGUCAAUACGUCUCUCCCCACUUCACUGUCUGCAACUACGGUGCUCCUGGUAACUACGCUGGUGAAUACGCCGACAACAUUGGUGCUUCGCUCAACCAGCCCACCCAGGACUGGUCCUAUAACCUGUAA